AUGGAGACCCCAGCACGGUGUCUGCACCUUCUCCCUCUGUUGCUGCUGCUUUGUGGUGAGUGUGCCCAAGUAUGCGGCUGCAACGAGACAGGAAUGCUGGAGAGGUUGCCUCGCUGUGGGAAAGCCUUCGCUGAAAUGAUGCAGAAGGUGGCUGUCUGGAAGUGGUGCAACCUGUCCGAGUUCAUCGUGUACUAUGAAAGCUUCACUAACUGCACGGAGAUGGAGACCACCAUCGUGGGCUGCUACUGGCCCAACCCGCUGGCUCAGAGCUUCAUUACUGGGAUCCACAGGCAGUUCUUUUCCAACUGUACCGUGGACAGGACCCACUGGGAAGACCCUCCGGAUGAAAUACUUAUCCCACUGAUCGCAGUUCCUGUCUUGCUGACUGUGGCUAUGGCUGGCCUGGUGGUGUGGCGCAGCAAGCGCACUGAUCGGCUCCUGUGAGGGGCUGCCAGAUGGGAGGCCAUGCCUGGUAAGCUGUAAGAGUGAUGCCCAGAGCUUAAAGAGCUGGCAGACACUGCUUCUGUCUGGUCUGCCUUGGCCACACCCUACCUGGUCAUGCCAAGGUCCUCCUGACCAGGCUGAUGUGGGUCUUGCUGUCUAGCCUGCUGCCUGGGGGUGGGAUCAGGCUGCCCAUAAAAGUGCUUCACUCUUUCUUGGGCUAUUGGAAGGAAGUGACAAGUCUCACGUGUGUGUACCAGGUGUGGAAACCGUCUGUUGCUGAGCCCCGCUCUCCCCAGCCUGGGUUCCCUAGUCUCUAGAUAUUUCUUGGCAGAGUCUUGUUCAGCUGCAAGACUCAUCCUUUGUUGGACAUGAAGGCUAGCCUGGGGACUGGGGAAUGGCAUCAUUAGGAGCCACAUGUGACCUACAGACCUGCCUGACUUCUAUGUGAUCUGUCAUGACUCUGUGUCUAGUGUGGGCUGGAGCUGUGGCUUGUUUAGCCUUUCAAAGACACUUGCCCUGCAGAUAGAGCGUGACCCUCCUUCUUGAGGGGUAUUCCUAGGAGCAAGGCAUGCUCUGAGUGUGUUCUGUCUGCUGAUGUCUGUUCUUUUGAUUAAAGUGUCUCCUUACACAUGG